AUUUUCAGCGACAAAGCGAGGAAUGAAAACGCACUCGUGGGACACAAAAAUUGUGAAAAAGGAUGGUAAUGAAAUGACACAAAAUUUACAAAUAGAGAUUCCUGUUGUCGCUGCUGUUGGAAGGUAUGUCAUAAUUACGGAGCUUGUAGUAUUAAUAUUCUUUGUUGGUAUAAUAGAUACAAGUACAAUUAAGUUCGAAAAAUAAUGCGGACGCUCCGAAAACUUUAUGUUUAACAUUUCACCGUUUUCCUGCACUUGCUCCGGUUUCGUCCCGCAGGGAAUGUUGGCAGGUUGGGUUGAGAAUAGCCCCUACCUAUAAUGCCCCACCGUUGCUGUGCUCCGUAAUCAGAUAUGAGUCGUAAGGUGGCAUCGAGUCGAUCAAGUUGAGCUACGUCCUUCGUAAUUCAGCUCAAAAAAGAAAUUUCACAUGCAUUCCUGCUCGGCUGUCAUUUCUAAUGUUUCUACUUAGAUUGGUCCUCUAGUGGUUAAUCUUUUUCAUCCCCGAGUAAAGUAUCUCAAUAUAUACUGUAGCUACUGGUACUUAAUUUAUUGCAUUGACGUCUCAUACCAUAGACGGGUAAUUUUUCUCUUGACAAAUCGUAUUUGCUCGUCUUGCGUGUGCUGCAAAAAAUUACUUUUUUGCUUGCUUUUGUAAAGCCCUUUGUCAGGUCAUGCCAGCUUUUGGUCAAGGAAAAUUUGUUUCGUGUCCGCUUAGGAAUUCUUACAAAUUUUACGAAUUUUCCAUAUUUGACAAGUACACAAAAAAUACGUCUAUGGUUUAAUUGGUUUUGACAAACAAAAAGCGACCUUAUAGUAAGAUAAAAAUUUAUUUAACAUCAUUCCCAACAAAAUUGUAAAGGGAAACUUCUCAAGAAAAACUUGUUGACCGUACAAACGAAAUUAGAAAGUAAACGUUUCAAGGAAACGUGCCAAAAAAAACUUGCUUGUCUUUACCGGGCUUAUAUUUGUUAGCCUCUCAACCAAUUUGUGGCUUUUCAUGUCAGGUGUUUCUUGCAUGCAAUAUAUACUUCAUGGAAACAUCAGCUCCAUUUCAGCGGGUGCAUGUGUAUGCGAGGACUUAUCAAAGCCAUGACCACUUGACGUUGUUGUCAUCUGCAAAUAUUUAAACCAUUUAAAUAGCUGCAAUUAUAUUUAACUGCUUUUUAACUGCUUAAAUUUCUAGAUACACAAUAAAAGUUGUUCUUCCUAAAAAUUCCACUCAUCCAUUAAAACAGUCUGGACAAAUCAUCGUUUUGUUUAAUGCUUGGAACAAAGGUAAAAAUUUCAUAAACUCUCUCACCCAAGACCAACAGGGACCACUGCACUCCAAAUUAGUCUUUAGUUUCCCGUCCUAACAUACAUGAACUUUUGGUUAGAGCUCGACAAAUUUCUCUCUGUAGCUCAGUUGGUUAGACCGCUGCACCAGAAUUGCGGGGCCGCAGGAGGGAUUCCUGCCGGAGGGCCAAUCAUUUUUUCAACUGCUCCUGGUUUGGUUUAAUAAAUGUAUAACAAUUUCAUGAUCACUCGAAAUUUCCACCUACAGAUCCCUUCAACAAUUAUAGUUAUAUCAAGUGAGAUGCCCAAAAUUAUACGGAAAUUCAUAUCUUAUUUCAAGUGCAAAAAUAUGUAUGUGGAAUUGGAACAUUUCGCAUGUGAAGACGCCCAUUUCGUAUUCGAAAUUUAGAAUUUUAACAUAUGAAGUUUAAGUUUCAUAUUAUUUUUCACCAUGUAGUAUAACUAGAGGUUUAUAAGUGGAAAUUUAUUCAUGCGAAAUUAUUAUUUCUUUUGUGGAAUUGAAAUACUUAACAUGUGAAAAUAUAUUUUCCAAUGGCAUGUGCAAACUGAUAUUUUCGUAAGGAUCCAUAAAUACUUGUAGUACUCGCGCAUUCAGUAUUGCGUGUACAUUCAGUAUUGAGUGUACAUUCAGUACUCGCGCAUUCAGUACUUGUAGUACUCGCGCAUUCAGUAUUGCCACAUGUUUUCAUCACAAUAAACAGAGCCAUCGAACCAAGUGUUUUUCUUACCAAAACAAACAAUUAAUGCAUGCAUGCAUGCAUGCAAAGUAACCAACAUUUAUAACAAAAACGCCAAGUUGAUAACAAAAACGACGGGCUAGAUAAUUUUUCAUAUCUUGCGAAAACAGAAAUCAAUAAUUGUUUUAUAAUAUUUAUUUAAAAGAUGAAAAAGUCAUUUGCUCCUGUGGGUUCGCAAUAAUGACCACAUCUUUUUUCCAUUUGCAGAAAAUAUUUUCUUUGUUUUUUUCACAAGUACAGGUACAUUAAGACGUUUCAAAACCUUUCGCGCACAGCUGUUUUGUUAAUAUUUAAUGUUAUUUAUAUUUUAGAACUUGUUUUUCUAAAUCAUGCGUUGUCAUGCAUAUUGUUUUGGUCGUGUUUCCACAUUUUGUAUUUAUAUUUCUACAGCUUGAUGUCAUAACAUUGACUGUACGAUUUUUUCAUUUUCAACGUGACGACGUCGCAUCGUUGAAUAUAAUGUAGAAACUGAUAUCUGCUCAGCUAUUGAAUGUUAGGACGAUUUUACCAUUUUUAAAUAUUAAAUAAUAAAGACAGUUAAUAUAGUUGGAAUUAUAUUUAUCCACGGAUACUCAUCCGCAUCAUUACAGCAACGCGCACUGUAUGUCAGCAACAAAUUACCUAUUCUCUUUCUUAUGUUGUUUGUGAGUUAUGUUUUGGUAUUUCUUUGUAUCCAGAUGAUGAAGUUUAUCUUGCUGAGGAAAAUAUGAGAAAUGAAUAUGUUCUCAACGAUGAUGGUGUGAUUUAUGCAGGCUGGUCGCGGAGAAGAGGUCCAAAUCCAGCCCGCUGGAACUUCGGUCAAGUAUGCUAAACAAAAUACUACUAUAUCCAAGCAUCGUGCACUGAAAUAUCAACCCAACCUCGUACCCGUGCAGUGUAUUAUUUCUCAAGAGUCUGCUUAGCGUGGGCAGGAAAGACCCUAGGGCUUUCUUGAGUGUGUGUAUGUGUGUACAGGGGAGAGAUCUUUUCUUCUUCGCACCACCCAGCGGGCAAAAUGACAUUUAUUCAACGUUGAAUCAACGUUGGAAAUGACCUUCUAGACGUUGGAUAGUCGUUGAAAAAGGAUUGAUAAUGCAAAUUGGAUCGACGUUACUGUUUCGACGUUGAAACAACGUUGAAAUUAGGUUGCCAAUCUCGUCAACAAUAAUUCAACGUUGAAUCAACGUUGAGAUUACUUCACAAAUCGACGUCGUACAUUUAACCAUGAAUGAACGUUGAUUCAACGUCUGUUGGUUGCUGUUGAACCAAUGUUUUUAAAACAACGUCAGAGCAACGUAGAUAUUAGGUUGUCGACGUCGCAACCUUUUUUCUACCAAAUUUCAACGUUGAAACAACGUUGUGUGCCCGGUGGGCAGCGGCAAGGUAGCCCCCAAUUAUUGUGCUAAUUUUGUCCGCCCAAGGCGAAGAUGAUUUUAAAGUGCAAAAUACAGAGUUAUCUGCUAUAAAUUAAUUUUAAAAACUCAUUAAUAAUUCAGGAAGAAAACACAAAGAAAAAAUCAUAAGCGUGUCGUAUCUUUAUAUGUGAUUAAAUAUCAUGUUAAUUUACAUAAACUUUAGCUUUGAUUUUCUUGGUUUAGACAAAGUUUAUUUUAAAAAUUACUUCGCCAAUGAACUCAUAUAAGAUGAGUCUUUUUUAAGCCAUUUAAAGCACUCCUACGCUUGCUUUAAAUAGUACAUAAUGUGUUUCAAUACUGGGGCCGAUUGUAUAAAAAAGUUAUCAAAAAUUAACUAUGAUUAAGUGCAAACGUCAUCCAAUAAGAAGCGCCAAUUUGAGAGUUAAUCACUGUUUAACUACAAAAUAGUGAUUAAAAAUGUGAUUAAGAAAAGUGAUUAUAUACAACCGGCCCCUGGAGUUUAAAUGUUAAUUGCUAGGUUCAUCUGUCAAUUUUGAUAAAAAUUACACUGUCUGUAAAGCGAGAAUUUGUUAUAUAGAUGGUUGCUUUGAUCGCAUGCUUUAACUAAUCGAUUUUGCACAAGAACUCCGUGUUCACAGCGAAGGGAAUGGAUGUUUAGAUGCGGGUUCAUCAUUUCUGCAUGAUUAUUUUAUUCAAAUACUGGAAAAAUCUGAGAGCGAGGUUUGAAAGCACUCGUUGUUUGAAAGUGGUUGUAAAAUCUAAAUAAAAUUAAUUUAUUGAAAACGAAGUCAGAAUAAUAUUUCCAUUUUAAAUCGCUGACGUCAGUAUUUGUUUUUUUCGGAUCUUUCCAGGCAUACUGUACGUACCACUGCAGGAAAUUACGAUUGCAAUUUAUAUUGCCAAUUUCAUCUGGCCUACAAUUAUUGUAGACCAUACUAAUUUUGAACCACAAUUUCAAUGUUGAUUUUUUCUAAUAUGAUGCUGACAAUUGACAUGCAUCGGUGUUUAAAGAUGACCCACAAAUUUCCCCUGUGAAAUGGUUGGCCAUCAUUUUUCGGCCAACAAGGCUGCUUUUUCGUAGCGAAAUUUGUCAUUCGUAGGCAGUUAAUUUACACCCUCGAUGGGAAUAAAGUUUCCCUCGGGAGAAAAGCAAGAGAAGGGAGAAACAAGGAAGAGAGGAACAUACAACCUAAAUUAUAAUUCUAUAAGGAGAUAUCUAGCGAACAUUAUACAUGAUACUUAUUCUAUUAUAGUUUGAGUCAUAUAUCCUGGACUGUGUGCUGUAUCUGUUAGAAAAUGAUCGACGAAUUAAGAAAAAACCUCUCAAAUCUCUUUAUAUGAGAAGCAGUGCUGUGUGGGUGUCCAGAAUUCUUUCCGCCAUGGUAAGAUUAUAUUUUGCCAAAGUAUGAUAUCACACUUGAUUAACGCUUAAAUUAUUCCACUUUAUUAUACAGGGUGUCCCCAAAAAAGUGACACUAUAGAAAUUAUCCUAUUGUUAUAAUUUGAAUGCCCUAGCACUAAGUUGAUCCCACAGGUGCAUAAACUUCUGCUUCUGGAAAUUAAAAUAAAAAAGCAAACCGUUUAUUAGUGUAAUCGUUUUGCUUCACUCGGGCGUUAAAAUAUUUAGACAAAGCGAAAACGUUUUAAAAUGCUUAAAUGUAAAUACAAGUUCAUUAAAUUCCCAGGCGUGUAAUCACGCGCGUUUAAGAGCGGCUUAAGAACAAUGAAAUAAUUUCUAUAGUGUCACUUUUUUGGGGGGACACCCUGUACAGGGUGUAUAAAAAAAAGGAGACCUUUAGAAAUCAACCAUAUUGUUAAAAUUUGAAUGCCUUUUCAAUUGCACAUAUGCUGAACCGUAGUGCGUGAAAUAUUGAUGGGGUGCAUAUAUUAGAAAAAGGAGACCUUUAGAAAUUGAAAUAACGUUUAAACAAAAGAUUUUCUGCUCCUGGGAACAAUCUGUCAUGUAUGCUGUACGUAGAUCGCAUGUUACGCACUCGUGGGCUUAGCAAAGUGCUCCAGGAUUCAAAUUAUAACAAUGGUUGAUUUCUAAAGGUCUCCUUUUUCUAAUAUACAGGGUGUCUCAAAAAACCCCAAAAUCAUUGAAAUUGACGUAUUGUUCGAUAUUCAAUGCCCUAGCACUAAGUUAAUCCCACGAGUGCAUAAAAGAUUGACAUAACUGCUAUAAUGAAUGGUAAUACUCAGCGUAAACUUGUUAUGUCAGGCAUAAAGUACUAAACCCACGAAUGCAUAUUACGCAUAUUACAAUUUACGAAGCAUUUUUAAAUUUCCAUGAGCAAACAAACGUUCACUUUACAAAGAUAUUUUAAUUUUUUAAAACAAAUUAAUCACCCUGUCAAAAUCCUUUGUGUUACGGCAUUGAAAUUCGAACAAUAUACGUUAUUUCAAUGAUUUUGGUUUUUUUUGAGACACCCUGUACAGGGUGUAUAAAAAAAAACGCAACCUCGGAAUUUCCUAAGAAAUUACUUUGCAAUUCUUAAGCAUAAAAGAUUUUAAGCCCCUGGGAAUUGAAAUCGAAUUGCUAAUAGAUCUUAUUACUGUUGUUGUGCAUUAAAUAAAUGCAUAAAUUUUGCUUUAUGCACUCGCGUGUGCAAUAAUUUUGACAGUUGUGCUAUUUUAAAUUCCCAGGCGCCUAAAAUCCUUUGUCUUUAAAACCAUGUCGAUUUCUUGGGAAAUUCCGAGGUUGCGUUUUUUUUAUACACCCUGUAUGCACUCCAUCAAUAUUUCACGCACCACGGUUUAGCAUAUGUGCAAUUGAAAAGGCAUUCAAAUUUUAACAAUAUGCUUGAUUUCUAAAGGUUUCUUUUUUUUAUAAACCCUGUAUAAAGUAUAGUGCUUUAUUACUGUUUAAUAAACGAGCAGGAGUGUUUCACCGGGAUAUCCAAUCACGAGAAAACUAUGGCUUCUCAAAUGAAUCGAGACGUAACAGAAUGUUUUCGUUUGCUGAUUUGAAUAGAAUUCUUGACCAAGCAUACCGUAAUUAGGAAUUCUAUUGAAGUAUUUUUGCAUGCGUAAUUAAGAUAUUUGAUGACUAGUGACUUUCAUCAAAUAUCCGCUUAAUUACGUAUGCAGCUAAACUCUUGUGGUGCUGUGUCUGACGGUGUUUGAUCGCGGUAUCCAAACAGCAUCUUGUGACGGAAUGCUUACAUGCUAUUGGUUUCAUUACUCAUGAAUUAUUAAUGAAUUUGAGAAAGAGAUUUCGAGAGCACUGAUAUGAUAAAAGUGAUAAUCUCACAUAAUAAUGAGAUUAUUUAUGAUAAUCUCACAUGCGAAAAUUAUCGCUUUUCUGUAAAAAUUAUCGCUUCUUAAAGACUGUCUUUUAUUUUCUUGGACAUACCAGAUUUAUUUCUCGUGUUGGACAUGAUCAUGUUCAACACGAGAAAUAAAUCUGGUAUUUCCAAGCACCCAUCUUGUAAACCACAUGUCAUUAUCAAUAUAAAACUUGAUUUUCCGAAGUCUUUUUUGUACUCAAUUAACUCACAACAUUUUAAUUUAACAAGAAACGUUUCGAAGAUAUUUAGUCCCGCAUGAAAAAGUUUUAACAAGUUUACCCUGCUUUUGACGUCAUCAAAAACUCAGUUAAUUAGGUCAAUUAUAAUACCAAGAUGGCGGACUGCAGAUGUUUUUGGUCAAAAUAUUUCAAAAACCAAGCAAUGUACGAAAAAGAUAGAAAGGGUCUUCAUAUAUAACUUUAAAAGUUCUUUCAAAUAAGACAACGUUAAUUUUUAUUGCAUAUCCCUUUAGCCUAACACGUCAUUAACAUUACGGCUAUAGUGUCCUUUAAAUGAUGAAUAGAAAUUUUUGGUGUAUAGAAAUGCUUCGUGAUUGUAGUAGACUGAAUAGGACUCAACGUACACAAUUUUUUUUGUAUAGACUUGUAUCUCAUUAAUUUUGAAACUUGCAUUAUACACGUGCUUAGAUAAAUUCGCAAGACGAUGAUGGUGUAUUAAUGGGCAAUUGGUCGGGAAAUUAUGAAGGUGGAAACUCACCAACGUUUUGGAAUGGCAGUGUGAAAAUACUUCAAGAAUAUUACAAAACAAAAAAGCCUGUUAGAUAUGGUCAAUGUUGGGUAUUUUCUGGUGUUUUGACGACAGCUCUCAGAGCGAUUGGUAUUCCAGCCAGAAGUGUGACUAACUACGAUAGCGCACACGACACAGACAACACAAUGACUAUUGAUAAAUUUAUUGAUGAAGAAGGGGAAAGCGUUGAAGGUCUUAAUGGUGAUAGUAUUUGGUGAGUAAUCGAAUGACAGAAUGGUGGGUCCAUUAUGAAUCAAAACGCACCUUAAAAAUAAAAGCUGCCCUGUUUUGUUCUUUCUAUUCUGAACAUUACAUAUAUUGCAACGACUGUUUGUUAAAAUCAGAAUUUGUGGGCAUCUCACUCGAUUGAACCAAUGUUGCAUGCAGGUUUUUUAGGCCUGUUGUAAUUAAACGCUAAAUUUCGGUCGCGUCGAACGCAAUUCAAACAAUAAAUAAUGAAGCCUAUAUGAGGUUUAUCGUCUCAUUAUCUAUUGUCUUCACUGCGUUGGACGUGACGGGCCUAAAAUGGAAACUUUUAGUGUGAAUUUUAUAUACAUAUAUUUAGACUUAAAAGGUUACAAUUCAUGAAUAUUUAAUAAGGCUACAAACAAUUUAGGUCACAUAUGCACUGAGAUGUAAAUCACAUUAAAGAUGUGAUUGAUGACUGUGAGUUAUGUUAUAUGGAUGUUUAUGAAAGUUAUGAAUACUAAUUCAGAAGUAGGAAUGUUUAGCCUAUAUGAAAGAUAUCAAUACACUAAUUCAGAUUUUAAAUGCAUGCAGUGACUGAGCGUGAGAUUGUACCUACGGGCAGUAAAUACUAAUAAAGUAUUAAACAAAUAAAUUCAUUUUACAAGUACGUUAAAAUAUUUGCAACUGAUCUUUAUGGGAAUAUAACAAUGACUCCCACAGCUAAUCAUAUUUUAAAUAGUACUUAAAUCAUGUGAACGAUAAUAUGUCACACGAAGUGGCAUUUCAUUAGCCUAUAUUCUUUAUAUAAAAUCCAUCCUAUAAUUAGUAUAUUCUUAGCUUAAUAUAUAAGAUGGAAUCUAUUUUAGUUCUGUCAAUGAUAAUGACAUGUAAGUCAUGACAUUUAUUAAUGCACUUGUAGUCGUGUUUUGUCCUAUCUAAAAUGUUCGUGCUGCGCACUCGUAAAAUAUGAUAGAACACUCCUACGCGUAAUUUAAACAAUUACACCAGAUCUACAAAAUCCUUCAACGUUUUGUCAGUCUUUUUAUCAAUAUCCGUGGUUAAUCGAUUUGAAGACUGUAUUCAACAAUUAUCCCUUUCAAACUUCUGUCUGAUUAAUUUAAUUAAACUCGUUAUGGUCCAUCUUUGUACCGAAAAGCGUGAAAAGGUUUCAUGUUACUCAUGCACAUUGACAUUGCACAUUGUAAAAUUAAGCCAUUAUCUGCAAAGAUAUAGUACAAACAGAAAUUUCGUGCAUUGCAACAUACACUUGUCUGUAAACAUUUUAAAUUUUAUCUCCAAGGAAUUUUCAUGUAUGGAAUGACAUCUGGACAAAACGUGAUGAUCUUCCUGGGAACAAAUACGACGGUUGGCAGGCAGUGGAUGCGACACCUCAAGAGGAAAGUUCUCAACGCUACCAAAUGGGUCCCGCUCCACUGACUGCAGUAAAAGAUGGGGAAGUGUAUGCUGGGUUUGAUGCAGGUUUCGUUUUCUCUGAAGUUAAUGCAGAUAUUGUGACGUGGGUGGUCAAAAAAUAUAGAUAUAAUGAAUAUACUAUACAAAGUAUGUUAAUAUUUUUCUUUUAUAUUCUUGAUAUUUUUAUUUUUCCACGCACAUAAGUUUGCUGUCCGCCAUAAUAUACAUGAAAAAAUUUCUGAUUAGCAAAGUGGAGUACAAUUUUACAGGUAAUAAUAUAGUUUCUCGUGCAAUUUAGAAAAACAAAAACUUGUGUGAGAGCUUUAUUGGAUUCAUAAUAUAUUUUACCCAAAUCUGAUUCGCCAAGGCAUAACCUAUCGAAGGGAAGAUGGCUGUAAAACUGAUUAGAAUAACACUAUAACUCCUUAUCUAUGUUAGUCAACGUUUAUUCAUAAAUCUGGUCGUUUCACCGUCACGUGUGUAUUGUAUUUUUACCAAAUCCACCAAUAGCUAUCUCCAGUUUCCCUACUGUUCGAGUCACGGAUAGGUGACUUUCUUGAAACAUUGCUAUUGGUUAGUGGGGCAAGAAUACAAUACACACGUGACGGUGAAGGACCAGAUUUAUGAAUAAACGUUGACCAACCUAUAUAGAUGAGUUAUAUUGUUAUUCUAAUGAGUUUCACGGCCAUCUUUCUUUCGAUAGGCUAUGGCCAAAGGCGGUGCAAUUUAUCGUAAUACAGUAAAAAAAUGUAUUUCAUUAUAUUGCCAAAAAAGGUAAUACCGUGGCAACUACAUGGCAAGCACCUGUACGAUUCACGUCUCACUUCUGACAUUAGAACUUAAAAGAUUUGACAUCAAGUAAAUUACUUACAAUUAUUUCGCAUGUGAUGCACGUAUGCACGUGACUAUGAAUUUAUUCUGCAUAAUUUUUACAGUUUUCACAGUGCUCUCGUCUUUUGGAUUGGUGCAAUUUUUAUUGCUUUGCAUUUUUCCCUAAAUUACACUCAAAACCAUACUAUUAUACCUAUUCUUGGCUUGAUCAUUACGUCACUACGUAUCAUUGGGCGCCAUCUUAGUUGAUCUUAAAGUUUAGUUUAACCGUCUACAGUGAAGUAGUCGAGAUUACUUAACUAUAUUUCUGGUUUGUUCUGAUAACAGUUUACUGUAUUAUGGAUAGUUUUACGGUUUCUGGCUCAAUAUGUCAAAAUGAAAAAAAUAAAUUUCAUGGUUGCCAAAUGUUUUUGAAAAAUCAACCAAGGUGGCGUCGAUUGCAAACGAACAAUAGAAAUGAAUAAUUAAUUUACGCCUAAUUUAAUCUUAGAAACUGCCAAACAAUUGAAAAACAGAGUGGGAAACUACCUCAGUACAAAAAUGGUUGGCGGUUGGCAGAGAGAAGAUGUCACUCAUCUUUACAAAUAUGGCGAGGGAACUAGGGAAGAAAGAAAAGCAUUUGAAACUGCCUUUAGUUUUGGCCAAGGGGCUAAAGACUGGGCAGGUCAUCUGAAUGUUGAGGAGGAAGGCGAAGAUUUAGUUCUUGGUAUGUUUUAAUGGUCACAUAAACAUUUGUCCCUUAUAUACCACUUUCUCAUCCAAAUUGUUCAUGCGGAUAAUGUUAAUUUUUAGGUACAAGCAUGGUGUAUAAAAACAAAAUCCAUCUUUUACGCCCAAUAAUUUCAAAAUUAAAUUCAUUAUAAUAUCAUAUGUAAACAGAUAUCCUUUUUUUCAAAAUUUACAUUUUGCACUCGGUACAUCAAUAAGUGCGUUUACAUGAAUCAACUUGUAUAGAUAUUUGUUUGCUAGAUUUGCUAGUUGCAUUUGAACAAAUAACUAUAUGAAAAUUACCAUGCAUAGAACAUGUAACUUUUCUUUUUUUAUAGAAUUGAGCACAAAGGAAGAAGAUCUCCGUGUGGGCAAGCCUAUCACGUGUGUUAUGAAUGUGAAGAAUAAAUCCAAGGAAUCUGUAACCGUCAACUUGACUGGUGUUAUCAGUUCCAUCAGGUACACUGGAGAUGUUUGGUCACUUGUCAAGAAGGAGAAGUUUGAAAAUGUAGAGAUUGGUGGUGGAAGUAGUAAGUUACAAAUAUUGUAAAAAACCAAAACGUAACUAUACCCAAGACAUCUAGUUAAAACGCUGACGAAAUGAAUCGUCUAAAUUGUUCCAGUUAGAAUUUAUUACAACAUAUCCAUGAUAAGAUCAACUGUAGCUGCAAACCUCAAAAGGGAGUGCAUCAGUGCCGUAGCCAGAAAGAUAAUUGGGGGGGGGGGAUAUUCAUAUAUUCGUGUUCACAUACCAUGAAAACAAUUGAUUUCAAAAGAAAUUAAUAAAGCGGAACACAAAUAUAUGAAUAUGUGCCCCCCCCCCAAUUAUCUUUCUGGCUACGGCACUGGAGUGUAUGAUUUUGAGAUAGUACUUGGAAGCUCUCAGACAUUUUGUCAAUGAUCAGAACUUGCUUAAUUAAUUGUUGCAUACCCUGGAAUUCAGCCUUAGUAUUGGAAUAAAUUACUAUCACCCACAUCACCGUCUGCUCGAUCGAUCAUUCGGUAAUAGUAUUCUGUGAUUUACCGCUAUUUCGCCUCUUUCCCUUUUAGCUGUAGUAAAGGAAAUAAAAUUGGAACCUGAUGAGUACAUAAGUAAUCUAACAGAUCUUAAUUGUCUAAAGUUUAUUUCAAUUGCUAAAGUUUUGGAGAACAAGAAAUUUUAUGUUGAUGAAACUAAGUUUCAACUGUUCAACCAGGAUUCCAUCCAAAUCAAGGUCAGUCAAUGUUACCUAAAUGUUGCGUCACUGCAUGUGUUAUAUCAUGCCAUCAAUAUAUCGUGUUUUCCAAACACAUGCUGAAGGUUUUCAGUAACCAAAGAGGAUUAACCAAAACUGUUGCAAUGUCCUUGUGGUCGUUGUCGUGUCAUUGUUCCUAUGUUGUUAUUGUUGUUACUAUGGCGUUGUCGUUGUUAAGUUGUUGUUGCUUUGAGUUCAGUUAUAUAAUUUUUGGCCAGAGAGUGUCUGUUUAUUAAUAUAUUUCAUCCUGACAGCGCAUCAGCCUCUAUUUCUUCAAAAUACAACUUGCAGUUACUUCAAUGAAUAAACCAAAUAUAUAAAUGAUCAUUCAAUUAUGAUAUCUGUAAGUGCUAAAAUAUUGCCCGUUAAUUUGGUUAUGUAGUUUAACAAGUCGCCACUUCAAGUUGGAGAAGAGACCGAAGUUGAAGUCUCGUUCACAAACCCUCUACCAAUAAGGUUGUCUUACAUCAAAAUCAGUAUCGAAGGAGCUGGGUUAGCCUACUUGGAUACAAAAACGUACAGGUAAGGUAGUUUAAGUACUAGUUAGAACAUAGCCGAAGGCGAGAGUUUGUAUAUCAGAUAAAGAUCGGAUGCAAAUGUUUUAACGUGCUUAAAAAACGACCCAUCUUAUGAGUUUAUUGGCGAAGUAAUUUUAAAGAUAAACAUUGUCUAAGCCGAGAAAAUCAAAGCUGAAGUUUAUGUAAAUCAGGACAAAUCUUUAUCCGAUUUACGAACAUUGAUAACAAACAUUCGUUUCUUUUGUAUUUUCCUGAUGAAUUAUUAAUGAGUUUUUUAAAAUUGUUGGUAUCUUAAAACACAGUAUAAACCGAAUUAAAAUCACUUUCGAGAUCCUUGAGUUUUGAAAGCGAGCAAGAGGAGGACUAAAAGUUCAAAAUAAAUGAGAGUACCUCAAUUUCAUUUUGGAAGUAAAUUUUGGAAAUGUUCAGAACUGUAAUUUCUCUGAUAUAUUUUAUAUAAUAUGUACGAGAGCGAUAUUUGCUACACGCCUAUUUCAAGUCAUAACUAUAAUGGACGGUGGAUGUUGAUUUGUUUUCGUAUUAAAGCUUCGUUGGUCCAUUAUAAGUCAUUAGCGUUAGUGCAUUAAUUCGGCCACGGACAAUAAGCCCAGCUUGGCUAGCACAAGGCGGACCACUAACCCUGCACCAAAAACAGGUGUCAGUUGCUUUGUCCAGGUUCACUGGGUUCUUGUAUCUAAACAUUUCUUCACUAUGCUGUUCGUUCCCUCGAUCGUUUUCAAAUUUCAUGAUACCUUCGUGUACCCUACUACGCUUUUAUCCAGUGUGCCCUAUUUGUUGCUAAUUUCUCCAAACUAUUCACGUAUAUAAUUUAUUGCACAUUUCUAAGGUUUCAGAUUAAUUUUUCUUGAAUUUUAAAUUAAUUUUUCUCGGUCAUCUGAGAAUUCGGUUUAACGUUCUAGACAAAUUAAGCCCGUCAAAUUAGAUGGUGAUUCGCGAAUUUUCUAAUUAUAUGCGAUGAUAAUUCACCGUCUAUAAUUUUAAAAUAUCGAAUUUGGCGGGCAUUGUUCAGUUGUCGACGUUUCUUAUAUUGAAUUAGUGACCGCGUCAAGAUGUCAGAAAUAGCUAUUGCUAUAUCAACCUUUUUGCUUGAGGUGAUCGCGUAUCACGAUGUGAUUCAGUUUUGUAAUUAUUGUUAAUAAUGUUUUUGUAAUUUGACACUGACUCGGUUAUUUUUCCUGGCCCAAAGUUUUUUACUGCUGUUCGAGCGGGGAUUCUACUGUAUAUAUCUCAACGAACCGUAACUAUAAAGGCUGGUUUGCAAUGUCACAGUUUCGGUCAUCAUGCUGUAAGAAAGAUUGAAAGAUUUGUAAAAAUCUUCGCAGAAACUGAUUCAGUGUUUUACACGGUUUUUAAUUAAUUGUUUUAAAUGAUCAUUAUCAUUUUUCCACUUUUAGUAAAAGCCUUGACUAUGAUAAUACACAGACCGCGAAGUUUAAAUUUACACCCCGAAAGCCAGGAAAGCGCACAUUACUUGUAGAUGUGGAUACAACACAGGUGAAAGAUUUCAAAGCCGCUGCUGAUGUUGAAGUUCUGCCUUUGAAAGAUUCCGGCGAAUGAAAGAUUCGUGCAAUUGAAUAAGACACACAUUUUAUAAUUGUUUUAUUGAUAUUUUUAUUAGCAAUUAAACUAUAUAGUAUAGACUGAAGUAAAUUGUAAUAAUUAGUAUAUCUACUGAUGUAACACGAUGACUGGAUAGCUUUUAUUGGUAGAUAAAAUGAAGCCGCGGCCAGUUAAAAAAUGAUAGUAAAAACACGUCACUCCCAGCGACCAAUUGUUAUAGUAUCAAUGUCUCGUUUUCUUUCGAAGCCUUAAAAAUUAAAAAUGCCAUAAAACCACACGUUAUUUUGGUGCUGAAGCAUGUCAAGCAGCAUAUAUUUCAAUUAUGAUAGGAAGAAAAAAAAUGAGUGACAAGCUACAAAGUUUUUCAUAUAUUCCAAUUCCACCAUGUACAGGUACUUAAUUGUUGUAAUGACUAUUGACACUUCCCGAACUUGCUUGCGGGCACAGCAAACCAGAUAUAGCUUGAAAUCGAGGCUGACGAUAUAUAAUCCAUGGUAAUUGUGGUUUUCAAUUCUAUAGCCAGUAAAUUCGGGAAGUGUUUAUCAAUCAUGAAAUCUUACUCAGAGAACUUUGAUUGCAGUCUGCGGUUUCCGAGAAAUAUUGUUUCUUUUCGUGUAUAUGUUAACUACAAACUGUAUAGGCAUCUGUUAAAAUGUACUUAGGUAGGAAAUAUUUUGCAUUUGUAUCAUAGUAAUUUAGAACAAUUUUACUUAUUUUAUUCUGUAAUAUUUCUUACGUUUUUCUAUUUAUUUUCAUCCCUUACUCAGUGUGCAAAAAAUAUAAUCAGUUUUUCGUGUCUGUAGUCUCUGUACGUAACGUCUCGUGUUAACAAUCCCUAAAAGAGUUUCGUAGUAUUGAAUGAA